AGGGAACUUAUGAUAGGUAAAAUAAUAGUGUGGCAUAAAAGUUUUUAGGGGUACUACAGAUUUCUUAUAGUCAAAAGCAUUAGGCGUAUAUAUUAAUUCUACAAAAUUGUAUAUGUUGUUAUUUUUUUUUUUGAUGUGAUUACAAUUAGUAAGUUUCCCAAUCAAAAUAAAGCGAGGAAAGAACAAUGACAUUUGUUGAGUGGGCUGCCAAAUUCAAUUUGUACAUUCUACAUAAUUUAGCUGCAGCUAUAUUUAGGUGUCUAAAAACGAUAUAACCUGCAAACAUCAACGAAUUUGUUGUACAACUCUAGUGACAUUUUCUGUCCCAGUAGCAAAUGUUAUUUUCUGGAUGGUUUGGCAAUUAGCAAAUUGCUAAAAUUCAAAGAAAUUGUUUUCAAAGAUAAAAACUUUUCUGUCGGAAAAAAACUGAUAAAGAAAAGUGUUCAUAAAAAAGUAUUUUAAAGCGAAUACUAUUUGUACCGAAAGUGCCAAUAAAUAAAUCUCAUUUCUUGUCAUUGUAGUCCCAUCGUAAAUAACGUAUUUCAUAUCUAAAUUUCGCUAUUCCCUGCUGAAUGCGCCCGCUCAAUCGAGCCACUAAAUCUGACAAACAAACAAGGCCUAAGUUUCAAGUCGAACAAGAUCGCACCGACAUUCGAAAAUACACACAACGCACACACAUACACACCCCAGGUAUGACGGAGUUACCUGUGGAACCUGCUGAAUUAUUGAACAGUGUUUUUGGCGAACAGCACUGACAAUGAAAUUGUAAAUGGUCAUGGAAAUAUCGUAGAACCGGCGUCUAAUUGGCUCCAAGAGUCGUUCGCUUUGCUUAUCGGGUCUGCCUUAUUUGCUUUUCUUUUCGCCGGUGAUAAUAAAAACACGCACCCACCCACGAGCACUCAAGAAAUGAGGUGCUCCUUGGUCGGCGCCUCUGAAAUCCAGGUGUGUGUUUGCAUACGUAUUUCGCCUCGGUUCGGAGGGGAAAUUAAACACCAACCGCCAGCUGACACCUUCCGAUUUUUGUUCUGCUUUAUCUGCUGGGCUUAUUUAUAUUCACAUUUUUGAAGUGGUUACACUUUGUAUUUAUUCUGAAGGAAGUCAGGCGGCUGGAGAGCCCAAGAAAACUCGUUGCAUUUGACAGCUCAAGUUAAUAUUAACAUUAACCAGAUUUGUAUUUGUGUAAGCCAGAAAAACGAGGCACUUUCGUUCUCGAAAAUAUCGUCAUAUCUCAAAAAUUGUGGUUUUUAGUGGAACAAUUGAAUUUAAAGGAGAACGAAAUUGAUUUUAUUGAACUGUUUCUGUUUGCUGAAGUUGUUGCAAGCUUAUUUAUUAACUUGUCUUUUGCAAAUAUUUGAGUACAUAUAUUCAAUUUUAGGUAACCCACAUUAGAAAGUUGAUUCAUUAAUACAUUGCUCGAUUUUGGUUAGUAAGAAUUUUUAAAACCUGAUUUGCUAUACAAAUAUGAAUUGAAUCUCAUUACUUUCGUAUCGAGUAUACUUUGGAAAUUAAGUUGAUUAAUUUGCCCACUUUAAUGAUCGAAAAACAUCGAGACACAGUGCUACAUCUCACUGGGGAUGCAGUGCCUCCUCUUCCUGUGGCUCCUCUCUUAUGUUGCUCAUUCAAGUGUCAAGGGUCAUGAAACGGCCAUUACGGUAGGAAGAAGAUACCACCAGAAUGUGGUGUCGAUCAGGACGACCAGGCACAUCCGCAGCUGGGGCGACAAUCACUUUUGCGUCGGCUCCAUCGUGGCCACCCGGUGGGUCCUGACCACCGGCUGCUGUGUGAGCACCUUGCCGAAGAGCACACCAAAUCAGGCCACCAGCCGAAGGAACUUGAGGGUUGUAGUCUUUGCACAAAGGCGAUUAAUGAAGCCGCCGCCUCGCAACAUCUUUAAGGUGGAUGAGGUGGUGCUGGACACGGAAUCCGAUGUAGGGUGCUCCAACUUGGCCAUGUUGAAGCUGAAUCGGGCCGUUACCGGUGACAGGUUCGCCGUGCACUUGCCGCAUAACGAGAUGAACUCCACGUGGCUUUGCCAAACUGUCGGAUGGGGCAGAAUAUAUUAUAACGGACCCUAUGUUAACGAGCUUCUCCAGCUGAAAUCGCAGAGGUCCUCGACGACUGCUUGCAAGGAGUACUGCAGUAAAUGCAUCUGCAUGGGAAGUUAUUCAGGCAGGGGCAACAUGUGCCAGAUGGACAUGGGAAGCCCGCUUUAUUGUGGUCACUAUAUUUACGGUGUGGCGGGCAAGUCCCACCAUUGCGAAGAUCAGAACAUAUUGGUAUACUCCAGCAUUUACCAUCACCGAGACUUCAUUGAGAGCACUUUGAGUGCGGCACACUCGCAAAGAAAGUCAAAACGAGAUUUAAUCGUUUUAGCCCUUAUGCUAAACUGGUUUUGGACAGCUUGUUUUGGUUGGCUAUUAGAGCAGUUGAAGUAACAAGAUUUCAUGACACAAUUUCCUUGAAAAAUAUCACAUUUUGAAUGUGAGUCACUCUAUAUAAAAAAGCUUGAAAACUCCAAUUAUGAUCGAAAUAAAAAAAGAAUCCUCCUACACAUCUUUAAA